AUGGGGAGAGUUGUCGGGCCUCAGUUUCCCCGGUGUCGCCCGCAGGUGGCCGGCCUGGGGAACCCUGGACUGCCCGGCACGCGGCACAGCGUGGGCAUGGCGGUGCUGGGGCAGCUGGCGCGGCGGCUACGUGUGGCGGAGAGCCGGGCGCGCGACCGGCGCUGUGCCGCCGACCUCGCCCUGGCCUCGCUCGGGGAUGCCCAGCUGGCCCUUCUCCGGCCAUGGCGGCUCAUGAACGUCAACGGGCGCAUCGUGGCCCGGGCCACGGAGCUGUUUGGACUGACUGCUGAGGAGGUCUGCCUGGUGCACGAUGAGCACCAUAAGCCGCUGGGGAAACUGGCUCUGAAGUUGGGAGGAAGUGCCAGGGGCCACAGUGGAGUCCGUUCCUGUAUUAGCUGCAUCGACUCUAACAUGAGUCCUGCACUGGGUCGGGCAAUGCCACGGCUGCGGGUGGGCAUCGGGUGCCCGACACACCCGGACACAGUGCAGGGCUACGUGCUGGGCUACUUCGCCCCUGCUGAGCAGGAGCUGCUGCCUCCAUUGCUGAGCGCCACCGACCUGCUCCUGGACCACGUCCGUGAGCGAAGCCAGAGGCCUUCGUGCAGCCCCUGACACCAGUGGACUUGGCUGCUUGCCUGACUGUCGUGCCCACACACCCAGCCACGUCCACAGAGGUGCCACGCCAACCUGUGGUAUCUGUUUUUUAUAUAACUCUUCUCUGGGCUGCCCCAGGCUGCCUGUGGAUGGAAGCGGGAACUGCGGCCGGAACAGUCCAUUUGGGGGAUAGGAGGUUGGUCUUCUCUCUGUGUCCUACUUAGAAAGUAGGGAAACUUUAGGAAGACUAAACUUUUUGAACCUUUUUGGAGAACCGGAGGUAUGGAUCUGUAAGAAUAAAGAUGCCAGCUUGGAAGCUGAGGCCUACUCGGGGGAUUCCCACCUCUCCCCUGCCGGCGGAGGAGGGGGCCACAGGACCCAGCAAGCCCCCCUCCCAGGGGAUGUGUGGGCAUGUCUUAGCCCACUGAGGGUUUGCCACACCUUUCUUCAGUCCAUUUUACAGAUGAGGAAAUGGAGGCUUAGAGAGGUCCAGCCACCUCCCCAGGGCCACACAGCUGCAGCGUGGCAGAGCCAUGAUCUGCACCCAGGGCUGGCUGCCAUCCUGCUGUCCCCAGGGACCCUGGCACCCUCACCUCAGGGCUGCUGUGUGCCCAUAAGUUUCCCACACGGGUGGUAUGUGAGAGCAGCCUGAGGUCCUCAGGGUUGGGUGGGAUGUGGAUCCGUCGAGGCACCAGGCCCAGGUCCCCUAGCUGGUAGGGUGUGACGCUGGACAGCUGCUGCAGCAGAGGCCCUGUCUUGAGUGGCUGGGUGCUGUACCGCCUGUGGGGAGAGGGCUGGUGUCAUCACCUCCAUUUCAUAGGUGAGGAAGCUGAGAUUCAGACAGGCUCUGGUGAGCCAGGUUUCGGGCCCAGGCUCAGCUGAGGACAGCCCUUGGACAAGUCCCGUAGCUCCUUCCUCUGAGGUCACACAGGGUCACUCACCGCUCCUUUGGUGGGCCACAGGACUGGCUCUCCCGGCGGGGGGACACAGCCAUCUGGGGACUCAGGACCAUGGCCGAGCUGAGCAUGACCAGCAGGUGCUUCAGCAUCUCCUUGCACUGCAGCUGGAACACUACAUCAAAGUCACCAUCCUCCUUGUCGGGCUGCAUCUGCCGGUAGGGGUGCGGGCAGGCCCACGAGGUCAGGCCCUUCAUGGCCCCAGCACCCACCUCUGGGAAACUCCAACCGCAGUGCCUGUUUCCUCAGUGUUCCCUGGCUGUGGUGGGAUACCCAUUCUCCAAAUGGGAAGACUGAGACCCGAGGCCUUCCAGGGCCUCAGAGGACUCCAUCCAGAUCAUUUGAGACCUUGAAGGGGUCUUUGAAGUGCAGAAUCAGAAAAGGACAGACUUGCCAGGAAUCUCACAGGGAAUAGGCGGGGCGCCUGGCCUGGCCACCUCCGAUGGCCCAGUUAUCUCCGAGCAGUUUCUGUCCUUGGCUCCAUCUCCCUCCCCCCACUUUCACCCACUUCCUGUUCACCUGCACAAUGUCCUGUAGGAAGGUGGUGGCCUGGGCCAGGGCUGUCUCCAGGCUCGCCCGAACCUUCUGCUCUUCGGCCAGCUCCUGCUGUAGCCGCUGCCCCUCGGCCUGCUGACGCUCCAGCUGCAGGUUCAGCUGUUCUCUCUGGCUCCUGGGCCCCGGGACCAGGACAAGUCAGCCUCCUCCCCAUUCUAGGGUGAGGGGCCCUCGGCCAGCCCCGGGCCUCAGCCUGUUUGACAGAUGAAGCCUCAGGGCCCCUCUAGAGAGGGGGAGUCGCUGGCCCGUGUCACGUGGCCACAAAGGGAGGGGUUCCCACCUGCUCCCGCCGCCUGCCCUUCUGCGGGCCGCACCUCAGUGCUUGGUUGUCCUUCUGCAGCUGCGUGAGGCUCUGCUCCAGCUGGCUCAGCAGGAGACGCAGCUGCUUGGCCUCUGCCGUGCCCUGCUGCUGCUCGCGGCACUUCUCCGUCAGCAUGAGGAUGAUCUGCAGUGUGGGCAGGUGGCCGUGCCCUGGGCCCACCACAGGCCCUCAGCCAGCCCUGCUCCCCUGGAGAGGCCCGCCGAGGCCCUGGGAGCCCGGCACCCUCUCUAGAUAGCAGCUGGGUCCCCGGGGUUGGGUUCGACUUCAACCAGUUAUGGGGGCUUUAAACCAAAUACAAACCAGAGAUGGGGCCAGAGCCCGCACAAGAAGGGCCCCAUCGCCUCACAGCUACCUCCCUCAAGA